GACUUUUAUUUUGAAAAAAGAAGCAAAAGGCGGAAGUGGUGCGUUGAUUGUGGUCCGUCCGGCCGCAGGAACGUUCCUCUUGGUUCCUUCAGCAGAAGAUGGACUGGACGGAGAACGAUCACGGCUGUAACCACGGACACGCGGGCCACUCCCACAGCCACGGGCCGAGAGCGGCGGCGUUCGGCGGGAUGGCUCCUCCCUUCGCGCCGGCUUUCCACGGGCCGUUUGGCAAAGGCGCAGCCGAUCCGACGAUGGACGUCGCCCAGCAGCCGAAGAAGCGCUCGCACAUGGACGACAGCGGCAGCUGGGACAUCGUCAAGGCAACACAGUUCGGUAUCCUGGAGCGCUGUAAGGAGCUGGUGGACGCCGGAUACGACGUCAGGCUGCCGGACAAAGAGAACGUGACCCUGCUGCACUGGGCGGCCAUCAACAACCGCGCCGAGCUGGUCAAGUAUUACAUUUCCAAAGGGGCGAUCGUGGACCAGCUCGGAGGAGACCUGAACUCCACUCCUCUGCACUGGGCCAUAAGGCAGGGCCAACUCCCCAUGGUGAUCCAGCUGAUGAGAUACGGAGCGGAUCCGUCCGUCGCCGACGGAGAAGGUUACCGCGCCCUCCACCUCGCCAUCCUGUUCCAGCACAUGGCCAUAGCAGCUUAUCUGAUGGCUAAAGGACAGGAAGUUGACGGGCCCGACUGCAACGGACAGACGCCGCUGAUGUUGGCAGCCCAGAAGAUUAUCGGGCCUGAACCCACGAACUUCUUGAUCAAGAACAACGCGUCUGUGAGCGCCGUGGACAAAGUGAAAAGGGACACGCCGCUGCACUGCGCCGUGCUGGCGGGAAAUGUGGACGCCGCCCACAUCCUGCUGGACGCUGGCGCCAGUGUGGACGCAGAGAACAUCAACGGUCACACGCCCAUCGACCUGGCGCACCAGGUUCACAGUCCGCUGCUCAUCCACAUGCUCAACGCCGUCAAACGGGAGAGGAUCCGCUCCAACUCGCGCUGCCUGCGGAUCGUCAACAGAUACAGGGUGAUUCUGCAGGUGUUGCUCUGCACGGCCAUGUUCGGGAGCGUGGGUGCGAUAGUGGACAUGAACUCCGAGUCCUGGCUGCUCAAAGGCAUCCUGCUGGCCUGCGUGAUCGGUGUGGUCAACCUGGCCAUGAGGCAUUUACCGAGUCCGGCCUUCCAGUCUCUCCUCCCGGCUGCAUCCCUCGUGGCAUCAGUGUUCUGGAUGCUCGUCACCUGGUUCCUCUGGUUCCUGCCAGAUGGACCCAGCGCCACAGUGCAGGUUCUGUUCACCCUGAACACCACCGCUCUGCUCUACUACUACCUCCGCACCUGCAGGACAGACCCCGGCGUCGUCAAGGCAACCGAGGAAGAGAAGAAAAUGAACGUGUUGGUGUUGGCUGAAGCCGGUUGUCUGGACCCCAGAAUAUUCUGCACCUCCUGCAUGAUAAAGAAGCCGAUGAGAGCGCAGCACUGCUUCAGCUGCGACGCCUGCGUGGCGAAGCAGGACCACCACUCGGUCUGGACCAACGGCUGCAUCGGUGCGAGGAACCAUCGCUACUUCAUCCUGUUCCUGCUGGCGCUCGUGUUCAUGGGAGUCUGGAUGUUCUACGGUUGUCUCGUGUACUGGUCGACUCACUGUGUGCUGCACUAUGAGGAGCAGGGCGUGUGGGGCGUGGUCUCUGCCCUGGUCGGCUGCUCCCCCUGGGUGCUCAGCAUCUUCCUGCUGGCCUGCUACCACACCUGCUGGUCCAGCUUGAUCCUGCUGCUGCAGCUCUACCAGAUCGCCUUCCUGGGACUGACCACGGCCGAGCGGACGAGCCUGACACUUCACCAGCGGAAGCAGCGGCAGUCCGUCUCCCUCCGACAGAAUCCGUACAAUCUGGGCGUGGUGCGGAACCUGGUCUCCUUCUUCCACCUGCGUUGUUGCGGCCUCGUCAAACCGGCCGUGAUCGACUGGACGCAGCAGUUUCCGCCCGGACGCGAGCAGCCAUUGUUCGGACAGGCCGACCUGGUCUGACCUCCCCGCCGCCGCCGCUGCCUCCCUCUCGCUCAGGGUCAAGGGGUCAAUCUUAUACCGUGGUUCCGGACCAAAAGAAAAGCACAGAUUCUAUUUAUUUAUUUUUUUAUGUGUGGGCUCUUUGUGAAGAAAAGGGCACGACAGGUAGACGUGGACAUGUACAGACUGAUGCGGCCUUAGACCCUGACCAGUGUACGUGAAAUGAAUGAAUCACAAACAUUUUCAUUUGGGUGAACUGAACCUUUAAAAGGCCUUGAAGGUUUGAGGUGUUUUUUUUUUUAUGAUCACGUCAAGCCUGUUUUUUUUUAUCAUCUGUUCUGAAGAGAAAAAGAGAAAAAAAGCAUCUUUGUACAUUGAAACGGUUUCUGACUUUUGUAAGAGGUUGCAUGUGUUUAAUAAUAACGAAUGACCACUAUGGUGAAGCUCAAUAAAGCGAUGUUGUGCCUGUCUUUUCAACAUA